CGGCGGCGGCGGACGCAGCCUGAGGGAGCGGCGGGCGGGGCGGCGCCUGGCCCGGCAGGGCCGCGCCGGCUGAGGGGCGUCCAUGGCGCGCGGGCCCCAGCGGGGCGCGGCCGCGGCCUGAGGGCGGCCAUGUCCGGGGUGGUGCGGACCCUCAGCCGCUGCUUGCUGCCGGCCGAGGCCGGAGCCCGCGAGCGCAGGGCGGGCGCGGCGCGCGACGCGGAGCGCGAGGCCCGACGGCGCAGCCGCGACAUCGACGCGCUGCUGGCCCGCGAGCGGCGCGCGGUGCGGCGGCUGGUCAAGAUCCUGCUGCUGGGCGCCGGCGAGAGCGGCAAGUCCACCUUCCUCAAGCAGAUGCGCAUCAUCCACGGCCGGGAGUUCGACCAGAAGGCGCUGCUGGAGUUCCGCGACACCAUCUUCGACAACAUCCUUAAGGGUUCGAGGGUGCUUGUGGACGCUCGAGACAAGCUCGGCAUUCCCUGGCAGCACUCUGAGAACGAGAAGCACGGGAUGUUUCUGAUGGCCUUCGAGAACAAGGCAGGGCUGCCUGUGGAGCCUGCCACCUUCCAGCUCUACGUGCCAGCCCUGAGCGCCCUCUGGAGAGACUCGGGGAUCAGGGAAGCCUUCAGCCGCAGAAGCGAGUUCCAGCUGGGUGAAUCAGUGAAGUACUUCCUGGAUAACUUGGACCGGAUUGGCCAGCUGAACUACUUCCCCAGUAAGCAAGACAUCCUGCUGGCUAGAAAGGCCACCAAGGGAAUCGUGGAACAUGACUUCGUUAUAAAGAAAAUCCCAUUUAAGAUGGUGGAUGUGGGCGGCCAGAGGUCACAGCGCCAGAAGUGGUUCCAGUGCUUCGACGGGAUCACCUCUAUCCUGUUCAUGGUGUCCUCGAGCGAGUACGACCAGGUCCUCAUGGAGGACAGGCGCACCAACCGCCUGGUGGAGUCCAUGAACAUCUUCGAGACCAUUGUCAACAACAAGCUCUUCUUCAACGUCUCCAUCAUCCUCUUCCUCAACAAGAUGGACCUCCUGGUGGAGAAGGUGAAGUCUGUGAGCAUUAAGAAGCACUUCCCAGAUUUCAAGGGUGACCCUCACCGGCUGGAGGACGUCCAGCGCUACCUGGUGCAGUGCUUCGACAGGAAGCGCAGGAACCGCAGCAAGCCCCUGUUCCACCACUUCACCACCGCCAUAGACACCGAGAACAUCCGCUUCGUGUUUCAUGCUGUGAAGGACACGAUCCUGCAGGAGAACCUGAAGGACAUCAUGCUGCAGUGAGAGACAGCCCCUCUGCUGGCCUCUCGGCCUCUGGGGCUGUGGCCGCCCACGUGGCUCUGGUGGACCUGCAGUGGGCAUCUGGAAUCCACACCAUCUAAUACCUGGCUCAAGAGUGCUGGACUACCAGCCACACCAGCGAGCUCUGGGCAAGAGGACGCGGGAGUGUCAGUGAUAGCUACUGAAUCGGGGACUGUGAGACUACUGAAUCCACACCAUCGCUCUGCUGUUGAUCUGUAAAACCUGGGGACACAGCUUUCUCCUCUCUACAGAAACUCUUUCUUGUUGACACAGUUAACCAAGGUUCAGGUGUGCGCAGACACACACGUGCUCUCAUUAAUGACAGAAACCCAACCCCAGCUGGCCUUGCAGCCGGCUCUCCCCUCUGCCGUGCAGGUUCUCACUGAGACACACUAACUCGGGAGCUUGGCCUCACAUUAGGCUGUAGAAGAGCAUGUGAUGCUGCUAAGCUCACAGUGUCCAAGCUCAGGCCUCAGUGCCACCUCCCAGAGUGAACACACCACCUUUAGCAUUGUGCCAACACCCUCCGAGUCUCUGUGCUAAGGCACAUCAGGAUGAGCAAAGGCGCAGACGGGCUCAGGUGUCCACACUCCCCACUGUAGAGAAAGAACCUGCUUUAGUGCCCAGGAGACACUCACCAUGUCUCCAUGCCCAUCGGGCCACAGUGUACAAAGGUGGCCCCUGUGCAGCUCUGGCUAGCCUGUGCACACAUAGUGGUGCUCUCUACUCCUUCACCUGUCCCUCCACAGCCCAUGGCAGAGACACAUAACCAAGUGGCCUUGUAGGUUGCCUUACUUGACAGUUGGUGGCAUGUAGCAUCCCCUGUGCUGGGCUCUGAAGGUGGACCAGAGAUGCUCUGCAACUCUAGAGCAUCUUCUUGCCUCGGCUGCUUGGUGGGCCCCAGCCAGCAGCCUUCAGGAGCAGCCCUGGGCUCUGCACACCACCCUCACCAUUGCCUUCACACAGUGCGCUCUGAUCUCAGGGUGGCUGGCAGGCCACAUGGUCGCUGUGCACACAAAGCCAGCCGGCACCCUGCUGGCCCUGGUCCAUGAGGGUGCAGAAGGCCGGUACAUCAGCACAACCUGCUAAGCCCUGGCCUGGCCUGGCCAGCCUCCUGGCAGGUGUCGCACUGUUUUACAGUAUAUUGCAUUCCAGACCUGCCCCUCUGUACAUUAGUGACUUUCUGGGAGCUGGGGUGUGGCUCAUAACUUUCCCCCAAGUGUUCUUUGGCUCACUAACACCUCUAAGGGCCCUGUCUGCAACCAAACUGCUCCUGACACUUGAUCCCUGUUACAUCCUGGUCUUGGCUCAUUUCAGCCACCAGACAUGUAGGAUUUGUGGAGUAGAUGCUAGGCCAGGAGACAGGCUGGGACCGCUUCUUAGAGCCCUCGUUAUUGCAGUGCUCUGACUGGGAAAUAGCCGUCAGUCUCUCGCUCACUUGUUCUUGCUCUCUGUGCUCAAUGGUGUGUAUCAGUGCUUGCUGGGCUUCUGGCUCUUUCCUGUGGAGAGAGAGCAGCCGUUCUGCCUGCCUCACCAAGUCUUCACAAGCCGAGGGGAUGUGGCCAGGUUAGGACCAGCAGCCAGCAACCUUUCAGGGCUCCCUCACCAGGUGCCCUGUGGAUCUGUCAGUGCUGAAACCCCAAACAGACCUGUUCCCAGCAGCUGCUGGGGGCCACUGUGACCGAGGUGAGUGUGGGGUUGCCAGGAGAGCGCUGUCCCUCUGACAGACUGACCGUUUGUACCAGUCACUUUGAAAGCCAGAAGGCAGCAUGUGAGUAGCAAGAUGUGAACUUGAGCUAGCUGAGCAGAACGCAGGUGGAUGGGCAGAGGCCCACCACCCUGGCGAGCUGAGGCUGGCUGUGUCCUUUCUGCUGGGACACCCCUCCUCUGUGGUCUGUGAAGUGGUGCAAUCGGAAGACCAGGCUGGAGUCAUUUACAAGUUUCUCCACGUAGAUUGUAGUCAGGUUUCUCCCAGACCUUAGGCGUUUGUAAUUUUUUUUUUUUUAAUUUUAAUUUCACUGUUACCCUUGACUAUUGUCCUUUCUGUUGCAGUGAUGGAGAAGCAGGAGGUGUUUGUGCCUCAUCUAUUACUGCAAAAAAAAUUAAAUAAAUGUAACAAUAAACGUGAUAAAAACCAG